AUGUAUAAGCCAUUGAUUGCACUUAUCACAACUGUUCUCUUUGCAACAACAAGCUACUUAGGCUAAGAAGAUCCCUUAAGAAGACUAUAUUAAGAAUGGAAACAAAAAUAUUAAACUAGAUACACCAGCUAAUUUGAAGAUGAAUACAGAUUUGAAAUCUUCAAAUAAAACUACAACUACUAUCAAGAAGUAAAUAGUAGGCAGUCCAGCUACACACUAGGAAUAAAUCAGUUCGCUACUCUUACAGAUGAAGAAUUUGAAUAGAUUUACCUUGGUAGAGCCGAUUCUUCUCCUAUUGAGAUUGAUGAAUCUAUUGAUUCAAUUAAUCUUCCUGAAUCUGUUGAUUGGUCAUCUAAAAUGAAUCCAGUCAAGAAUUAAGGUACAUGUGGAUCAGGCUGGUCAUUCUCAGCCGUUGGUGCUUUUGAAGCCUUUUUCAUCUUUGUUAAGGGAACACACUUCUAAUAUUCUGAAUAAAAUUUAGUUGAUUGUGAUACUAAUUCACAUGGAUGUGAUGGGGGCUAUCCAGCAAAAGCUAUCGAUUAUUUAAAUAAAAAUGGUGCUUUUUUGGAAUCUGAAUACCCAUAUGUUGCAAGUAAGGAAAAAUGUAGAAAGACCUAAGGAUCAACCAAAGCAAACUCAAGAAAAACAUGGACUACAGCAACCUAAGCUUAUGAGGCAAUCGCUUAAUAUCCAAUAUCUGUUAGUGUCCAAUCCUCUAAUUGGAAAGGGUAUACCGGAGGUAUCUUUUCAAACUGCAUUAACACCUCAACUAAUCAUGCAGCUGUAGCUGUUGGAUAUGAUUCCAAGAAAAACUGGUUAAUCAGAAAUUCUUGGGGAUCAGAUUGGGGAGUCAAUGGGCACAUUUGGCUUGCUAUCGGAAACACUUGCGGUGUUCUCAGUAGAUUAGACCAAGUUAUUUGAAAUAAGAUAUUCAAAAAUAUAUCAUGAUAAAAUCGAAUCCAA